AUGUUGGUAUCUUUCAUAGCCGCUGAAAAAUCGAAAGCUCACGACUGCUACGAUUAUGCGUCAGUGCAGGACUAUUCUUAUCCCCUCUUCCAGGUUCUUUCUAACUUGCAGCGGGAGUCUAUUCUCACAACAGCCAUGAGCUCUACAGGCUACUUCAAUGCUAAUCGCAGCCCCUCCUGUGAUGCAUAUCCGCCCAGAUCUCGGCUGUGUACUCAAAUAUGCGCUGCACCGCCACUCUUCUUUCAUUUUCCUUGUCUUUUGGAACCUAUUGUUGGCUCACAGCCACAACAGGCUCCUUCCGACGAACUUCCUCAGCGUCUUCUCAAAUACGCCGUUAAUUGGAACACACGUGCACGUACCUGCCUUAUCGCCCAACGUGUCUUAAACUGGAUUGUGAUGCAUUGGGCACCAGAAAAACUUCUUACCUGGCCAGAUAUGGCUAAAACCAUAGAGGCAAUGGUUCCUUACACUGGUACUUUUACCUUCUCCCUAUCAGCAUGCAUAUCCUUUCUGUCUAUACCUCAUGAUUUCCUCUCCUACUGUAUCCGCAAAGUCGAAAGUAAUAAUUUUCAUUCGUGUAUCAACCCAUGCCAUCCUUGA